AGAUGUCAGUGACGUCACUGCCUUUCUCUCCAAGAAAAAAAACAUCUGUGCUGAAAAUUUUUCAAAAAGGCUUUUUGGAUGCCAAAAUUCCAUGAAGAUAAGCAAAAAAUAUUUAUUUGGGUUCGGAGAAUAAAUUAUCAUUUCAGUGAGUGGUGAACUUGUGAAACAGGUAAUUGUUCUAGCAGUGAUUUUUGUGAGGAAGUCAAUCUACUUUCAUCAGCAAGAAAUCUGAGAAGUUGCAGUAGGUCUGGCCACUUUCCAUUUUUGUUCCUUUGGAAAUUUCAUUCGAAAACCCGAGGAACUGAGGAGACAAAAAUCAUUAGAAUCAAGCCUGGAAAAAAACAGAAGAGCACCUAAUUGAGCAAGCUAUUGUUUUGUGAAUAACUGGGAAUUACUGUGAGGAUUCCUAUAAUGAAACGUAGUGCAUCUCGUUCAUCUCGUGAUUUUCCAUCACAAUCAAAGAGACGCACCAGCACGGGACGCUACGAUGAUGGUUCGCAUGAGAGGGAUGAGAGAAUGACGCCUGAGCGCGUAAUGCGUCGCAUGGCAAGAUCUCCGAGUCCCAGGCCUCGGUACAUCUCUCCCCAUCGAGAUGAGUACACCAGGACAAGGGAGAUACCGCCCGAGAGGUAUUCGUUCAAGGUGCUCUGCGUGAGUAACCUGCAUCCCAAGGCAUCGGAGGAGUUCAUCAAGGAAACCUUGUACAGGGAGUACAAGAAGUUUAGGGACGUUACCAUCAGAAUUUCGCCCAACCUGGAGGAUAGGGUGGCCUACGUCUGCUUCAGGACUUUUGAGGAUGCCCAAGAGGCAAAACACGCCAAUCCCAGAAUCACCUUCUAUGGUAAAUUGGCCAUCGUUGAACCAAUUUACGAAUUUCCUCGCGGUGAGUCACGCAGUAUUACUCCUGAGCCUCCUGUGUAUGGUAGACACAGCCAUUCGCAUUCUCCAGAGCCCGAGAGGCGCCGGUCAAUUGAUCCGUAUGAUCGUUACGGAUCUACAUCUGGGGUUACGCAGGAUCCCAGGGAAUUUACUCCUAUGGAUCAUCAUGAGUAUAUGCUAAGGCAAUUGUCUGAGAACCAUACGGCUCAUUCGGGUCCUUCUCAUCAAUCAACGAUUACUGCUCCGAUGGGAAGCGGCAGGACGCUUCCCAACGAAGCACCCGUCAUGAAUAGGAUGAACAUGACACGAACCGAGAGAGAAAUAGUUUCUCUGCAGGGUGACGAACAGGAGCAAUCUCCUCGAGUGAGAAAGUUCACUACAUCGCAAAGGAAAUAUUUGCGUCGUCUAUUGGACAGCGGUAUGAACUAUGAAGCGGCUUCAGCGCGGGUUCUCGCGACGAGGCCAAAGCAAAUGCCGUUGUUGAAAACGGAGCCAAGAAAGAGGAACAACGCUAUGCCAUCGGAGAACAGAAAAGUCAGUGUUCGGGAUAGUGAGCCUUUGUCAACAUGCAGGGUGUCUCUCAUUCACAGAGAUCAUCCCUUCUAUCUGCUCUCUAAGGACCAGAUGAAUGCACUUGAAUUAGCUGUUUCCGAGGAGAUAGACAAAAUUCCCGUAAAUGGACCCAAAAUUCAAUUCAGGAACUGGGAUGUCCGUCAUGGAAUGGUUGUGGUUGACUGUACAGAAGAGGCAUCUGUACAGUGGCUCAUGGGAAUAGUUGCCAGAAAGAAACUUGUUCAGGGUGUCAGUAUCAUAGCGGUAUAUGGUGACAAUGUGCCAAAAACUGCCACAUGUUCGAUAUGGAUACCGGCUGCAGAUAAAACUUCUCCAUCAUCGAUUCUCGCAAGGAUCCGAAAGCAGAACGACGUGGAAAGUGAUAGAUGGAAUAUUCUUCAAGUUGAUGCUGAUGAGAAGGGACGCACGAUCGUCCUCUCAAUCGAUGAACCUUCUUUGAACAAGUUGAAGAAGAUGAACAUGAAGGUGUUUUACCUCGUUAGGCAGCUUGAAAUCAUCAGGGUGGGAACUGGCUCAAGACAGCCGAGAAGAUCCUAAUUUGGACACAGUACUACGGCAGAGAAGAUUAUGGUUCGAGAAGGGACGCACAACGACGGAAUCUAAAGCUCAACCCGAAAUCCGAAGGAGACGGUAUCAGUAUCGUCAUCAAAUCACGUCGUUCACAUACCAUCAAGUCUUCAAUGUCGAUCCACUGCUGUACGCUAAAAGGAUUCAGUCGUCGUCAACGCCUGUUUCGCUAUUAAUCAUUAUAACAAAAAGGAAUCUUUGUCAUCGUUUGUCCUGGAGGCUGGUACCAAUGCAAAGACGCCGGUAGACGUCCAAACAUCAUUAUUUUCAACCGCUUAGCCCUUUUGUGGUCGCGGACCUAUGAUAUCAUGACCCGAAACCCGAAGGAGACGAUGACAGUACCGUCAUCAAAUCACGUCGUUCACAUACCAUCAAGUCUUCGAUGUCGAACCACUGCUGCACUCUAAAAGGAUUCAGUCGUCGUCAACGCCUGUUUCGCUAUUAAUCAAUAUAAAAAAAAGGAAUCUUUGUCAUCAUUUGUCCUGGAGGCUGGUACCAAUGCAAAGACGCCGGUAGAUGUCCAAACGUCAUUAUUUUCAACCGCUUAUCCCUAUUAUUGUCGCGGACCUAUGAUAUCAUAACUCCGCUACUUCAGGAAGAUGUUCGGGUUUGAUCCGAAGGCGCUCCAAGGCAAGAUCCUGAAUUUGAUUCAGCCACCUUGUCCUAGGUCUGUCCAGAGGUCGAGGUCUCCUCACAAUGGCUUGCAAAGACGUCCGAACAUGAGAAAUAAAAUUUAAUUCAAUUCAAAUUCAAAUAAACCAGAAUAUGCUUUGUCAAA